AUGACGGGCGGCGGGCGGGCCGCGCUGGCCCUGCAGCCCCAGGGGCGGCUGUGGCCGCUGCUGGCUGUGCUGGCGGCUGUGGCGGGCUGUGUCCGGGCGGCCAUGGACGAGUGCGCGGAUGAGGGCGGCCGGCCGCAGCGCUGCAUGCCGGAGUUUGUUAAUGCCGCCUUCAAUGUGACCGUGGUGGCUACCAACACGUGUGGGACUCCGCCCGAGGAGUACUGCGUGCAGACUGGGGUGACCGGAGUCACCAAGUCCUGUCACCUGUGCGACGCCGGCCAGCAACACCUGCAACACGGGGCAGCUUUCCUGACCGACUACAACAACCAGGCCGACACCACCUGGUGGCAAAGCCAGACUAUGCUGGCCGGGGUGCAGUACCCCAACUCCAUCAACCUCACGCUGCACCUGGGAAAGGCCUUUGACAUCACUUAUGUACGUCUCAAGUUCCAUACCAGCCGCCCAGAGAGUUUCGCCAUUUAUAAGCGCACCAGGGAAGAUGGGCCCUGGAUUCCUUACCAGUACUACAGCGGCUCCUGUGAGAACACGUACUCAAAGGCUAACCGUGGCUUCAUCAGGACUGGAGGGGAUGAGCAGCAGGCCUUGUGUACAGAUGAAUUCAGUGACAUUUCCCCCCUCACUGGCGGCAACGUGGCCUUUUCAACUCUGGAAGGAAGGCCAAGUGCCUACAACUUUGACAACAGCCCCGUGCUACAGGAAUGGGUAACUGCCACUGACAUCAGAGUGACACUCAAUCGCCUGAACACCUUUGGAGAUGAAGUGUUUAACGACCCCAAAGUUCUCAAGUCCUACUAUUACGCAAUCUCAGACUUUGCGGUGGGCGGCAGGUGUAAAUGUAACGGGCAUGCCAGUGAGUGUGUAAAGAACGAGUUUGACAAACUCGUGUGCAACUGCAAACAUAACACAUACGGAGUUGACUGUGAAAAGUGCCUGCCUUUCUUCAAUGACCGGCCGUGGAGGAGGGCGACUGCGGAGAGCGCCAGCGAGUGCCUGCCUUGUGACUGCAAUGGCCGAUCCCAAGAAUGCUACUUCGACCCUGAACUAUACCGUUCCACUGGACAUGGCGGCCACUGUACCAACUGCCGCGAUAACACAGAUGGUGCCAAGUGUGAGAGGUGCCGGGAGAAUUUCUUCCGUCUGGGGAACACAGAAGCCUGCUCUCCAUGCCACUGCAGCCCCAUUGGUUCUCUCAGCACACAGUGUGACAGUUAUGGCCGGUGCAGCUGUAAGCCUGGAGUGAUGGGCGACAAGUGUGACCGUUGCCAGCCUGGGUUCCAUUCCCUCACUGAGGCAGGAUGCAGGCCAUGCUCCUGCGAUCCUUCUGGCAGCACAGACGAGUGUAAUGUUGAAACAGGAAGAUGUGUUUGCAAAGACAACGUUGAAGGCUUCAGCUGUGAGAGAUGCAAACCUGGGUUUUUUAAUCUGGAGUCGUCUAAUCCUAAGGGUUGCACACCCUGCUUCUGUUUUGGGCAUUCUUCUGUGUGCACAAAUGCUGUCGGCUACAGUGUUUAUGACAUCUCCUCCACCUUUCACACUGAUGAGGAUGGGUGGCGUGUGGAACAGAGAGAUGGCUCAGAGGCGUCCCUCGAGUGGUCCUCAGACAGGCAGGAUAUCGCUGUGAUCUCUGACAGUUACUUCCCUAGAUACUUCAUCGCCCCGGCAAAGUUCCUGGGCAACCAGGUCCUGAGUUACGGGCAGAACCUUUCCUUCUCCUUCCGAGUGGACAGACGGGACACUCGCCUCUCUGCAGAGGACCUAGUGCUUGAAGGCGCUGGCUUGAGAGUAUCUGUGCCCUUGAUUGCUCAGGGAAACUCCUAUCCUAGCGAGACUACUGUGAAGUACAUCUUCAGGCUCCAUGAAGCAACGGAUUACCCUUGGAGGCCUGCUCUCUCCCCCUUUGAAUUUCAGAAGCUCCUAAACAAUUUGACCUCUAUCAAGAUCCGUGGCACAUACAGUGAGAGAAGUGCUGGGUAUUUGGAUGAUGUCACCUUGCAAAGUGCUCUUCCUGGGCCUGGAGUCCCUGCCACGUGGGUGGAGUCCUGCACCUGUCCAGUGGGGUAUGGAGGGCAGUUCUGUGAGAUGUGCCUCCCAGGCUACAGAAGAGAGACUCCAAGCCUUGGACCUUACAGCCCGUGUGUGCUCUGUACCUGUAAUGGGCACAGUGAGACCUGUGACCCUGAGUCAGGUGUCUGUGACUGCAGAGACAAUACAGCCGGCCCCCACUGUGAGAAAUGUAGUGAUGGGUACUAUGGAGACUCAACCCUGGGCACCUCCUCUGACUGCCAGCCUUGUCCCUGCCCUGGUGGCUCAAAUUGUGCCAUUGUCCCAAAGACAAAGGAAGUGGUGUGCACGCACUGUCCAACUGGCACAGCUGGUAAGAGAUGUGAACUCUGUGAUGACGGCUACUUUGGAGACCCCCUGGGCAGCAAUGGACCAGUGAGACUGUGCCGCCCGUGUCAAUGUAAUGACAACAUAGACCCCAACGCAGUUGGCAACUGUAACCGCCUGACGGGAGAAUGUCUGAAGUGCAUCUAUAACACAGCUGGCUUCUACUGUGACCGAUGCAAAGAAGGGUUUUUCGGGAAUCCCCUGGCUCCCAAUCCAGCAGACAAAUGCAAAGCCUGCGCCUGCAAUCCCUAUGGGACAGUACAGCAGCAGAGCAGCUGUAACCCGGUGACUGGGCAGUGCCAGUGUCUGCCUCAUGUGUCUGGCCGGGACUGUGGCGCUUGUGACCCUGGCUUCUAUAACCUGCAGAGCGGGCAAGGCUGCGAGAGGUGUGACUGCCAUGCUUUGGGUUCCACCAAUGGGCAAUGUGACAUCCGCACCGGGCAGUGUGAGUGCCAGCCUGGCAUCACCGGUCAGCACUGUGAGCGCUGUGAGACCAACCACUUCGGGUUUGGACCUGAAGGCUGCAAACCUUGUGACUGUCACCAUGAAGGAUCUCUUUCACUCCAAUGUAAAGAUGACGGCCGUUGCGAAUGCAGGGAAGGCUUUGUGGGCAAUCGCUGUGACCAGUGUGAAGAGAACUAUUUCUACAAUCGGUCUUGGCCUGGCUGCCAGGAGUGUCCAGCUUGUUACCGGCUGGUGAAGGAUAAGGUUGCUGAGCAUCGAGUGAAACUCCAGGAGUUAGAGAGCCUCAUAGCAAACCUUGGGACCGGGGAUGAGAUGGUGACAGAUCAGGCCUUUGAGGACAGACUGAAGGAAGCAGAGAGGGAGGUUACAGACCUCCUCCGUGAGGCUCAGGAAGUCAAAGAUGUAGAUCAAAAUUUGAUGGAUCGCCUUCAGAGAGUAAACAGUAGUCUGCACAGCCAAAUUAGCCGACUGCAGAAUAUCAGGAAUACUAUUGAAGAGACUGGGAUCUUGGCUGAUCGAGCAAGGUCCCGAGUGGCGAGUACAGAGCAGCUGAUUGAGAUCGCCUCUAGGGAGCUCGAGAAAGCAAAGAUGGCUGCUGCCAAUGUGUCAAUCACUCAGCCAGAGUCUACAGGGGAGCCAAACAACAUGACCCUCUUGGCAGAAGAAGCGCGAAGACUUGCAGAGCGUCAUAAACAGGAAGCUGAUGACAUUGUACGAGUGGCAAAGACAGCCAACGAGACAUCAACUGAGGCGUAUAAUCUGCUUUUGAAGACCCUGGCAGGAGAAAAUCAAACUGCGUUGGAGAUUGAAGAGCUUAACCGGAAGUAUGAACAAGCAAAGAACAUCUCUCAGGACCUGGAGAAGCAGGCUGCCAGAGUCCAUGAGGAAGCCAAGCGAGCAGGUGACAAAGCUGUAGAGAUCUAUGCCAGUGUGGCCCAGCUGACCCCUGUGGACUCGGAGGCACUGGAGAAUGAAGCAAAUAAAAUCAAGAAAGAAGCUGCAGAUCUGGACCGUGUGAUUGACCAGAAGCUAAAGGAUUAUGAGGACCUCAGGGAAGACAUGAGGGGAAAGGAACAUGAAGUAAAGAACCUUCUAGAGAAGGGAAAAGCUGAACAGCAGACUGCCGACCAACUCCUAGCUCGAGCUGACGCUGCCAAGGCUCUUGCUGAGGAAGCUGCUAAAAAGGGACGGAAUACCUUACAAGAAGCCAAUGACAUUCUCAACAACCUGAAAGAUUUUGAUAGACGCGUGAACGAUAACAAGACUGCUGCGGAAGAAGCUCUUAGGAGAAUUCCCGCCAUCAACCGGACCAUAGCUGAAGCCAAUGAGAAGACAAGGGAGGCACAGCUGGCGCUGGGCAAUGCGGCAGCUGAUGCCACUGAGGCCAAGAACAAAGCCCAUGAGGCGGAGAGGAUUGCCAGCGCUGUGCAGAAGAAUGCCACCAGUACCAAGGCGGACGCAGAAAGAACCUUCGCGGAAGUUACAGAUCUGGAUAAUGAGGUGAACGGCAUGUUGAGGCAGCUAGAGGAAGCAGAGAACGAGCUGAAGGAGAAGCAAAAGGAGGCCGACCGGGACAUGAUGAUGGCAGGGAUGGCUUCGCAGGCUGCUCAGGAAGCUGACCUCAAUGCCAGAAAGGCCAAAAACUCUGUCACCAGCCUCCUUAGCCAGCUGACCGACCUCUUGGAGCAGCUGGGACAGCUGGACACAGUGGACCUGAACAAGCUCAAUGAGAUCGAAGGCUCCCUGAACAAAGCCAAAGAUGAAAUGAAGGUCAGCGACCUGGACAGAAAGGUAUCUGAUCUAGAAAAUGAGGCCCGGAAGCAGGAGGCAGCCAUCAUGGACUACAACCGAGACAUAGAGGAGAUCAUCAAGGACAUUCACAACCUGGAGGACAUCAAGAAGACCCUACCGACCGGCUGCUUUAACACCCCGUCCAUCGAGAAGCCCUAGCCUCAGAAGGGCUGUAAGGCAGCGUCCCUGACAGGGGGCCCUGUGAGGCCUCGGUGCCUUGACACAAAAAUUACACUUUUCAGACCCCCACUUCUCUGCUGCUCUCCAUCACUGUCCUUUUGACCCAAGAAAAGUCAGAGUUUAAAGAGAAGCAAGUUAAACAUCCUUAACCAGGAACAAAGGGUUCUGCCUAAUAAAGUCUGUCCUCCACUCCUGUCAGCACCCUACCAGAACUUUCCUUGUUUGCCUGAAGUCACAGCAUCUUCCAGUGGCAUACCCACAUCAUGUGAACCUUUUUAUGCCAGGGCAAACCCAGCCCCCUUCCCUUUCUCAACACCAGCAGGACCUAUCUCAGUACUCAUAUUUCUAUGAAGGAAAUGUUUGGCGCCUCAUCGUAGCAUUGAGAUGGCCAGUAUGUCCAGUCUGCAUCUUCUGCCUCCUCUUUGAAACAAAAGGAAAUAAACACCCUGUGCCAAAGAUAUUGGUCAUGUAGCUGUUUGAGCAUAGGACACUGAGCCAUUGUGGGUAUAGUGUAGUUACGUAUGGGUCUCCAAGAGAACAUGGCUCAAAGAUGCUUAGGAUUUUCUCCUGUAUUGACUAGGAAGAUAAACGUUUUCCAAACCCUCAGGCAGCUGAUAAAAAGUCUGGAUGGGCAGCUUGCACACACCACUACACUAGGUAGCUUUUGAUAUUUUUAUAAACAGGACUUAAUGCAGAAGAGACAGAGAUGUGAUAACCACUCAAGUUUUUUCCCCAAGUCUUACUAAUUCUUGGAGCUUUGUUAGUGUGUUAGUCUUGGAACUAUUGUUAAGAUAUCUAUCAAAACAGUUGUCCUCUAAGGUCUUGACCAAUGAAAGAAGAGCAAAUCUUUUCCCCAUAUUUUCUGGGAAGUGGAUGGAAUUGGGAUGUAACAUUUGGCCCUCAGCUCCAGUUCUCUUCUGGUGUUUCCGUUCUUUCUAGAACUCUUCAAAACACAUCAUUGUUUGCCAGAUCCUGGUGGCAAACGCUGCUCUCAGUGUUUCUCAAGGCAGCCAACCCCAUCUAGUUCCUGCACUUUGUGGCUCCGCCCACUCUAAGCCUUUCCUCUGUGUGGAGAGGGAAGGUCCAUGCAUGGCAUUUCCUAGUGGGCUUCUCAACCUCUGGUCCUCAGCUCUGUGGUUUCCUUAAGACCACACUGUGACAGUUCCCUGCUACACGCCCCUCUUCCUACCUGCCUGUCUCUGAGAUUCAUAUUUAGCCUUUAACACUAUGCAAUUUUGUACUUUGCGUAGCGGGGGAAAGAAACUAUUAUCUGACACACUGGUGCUAUUAAUUAUUUGAAAUUUAUAUUUUUUGUGUGAAUGGAUUUUGUUUAUCAUGAUUAUAGAAUAAGGAAUUUAUGUAAAUAUUCCCAGUCCUCCUAGAAUGGCACUGUCUGCUCACGUCUCUGCUCAGUUUUCCGUCUCUGGCACAGAAAGCUGUACGCCUCCUCCCUUCCCUCCCUCUCUGAGUCAUGCCUGGUCCCAGUGUUCUGCUCUGCCUCUGCCUGUGUUUGCAGCACCUUCACUGUUUGACAGGAAGCCUGCUCAAACACUGCCUGACCAAAGAGGUCCCUCUUCCCCGUAGCUCUGACCAUCUGGGCUGCAGCUCCAUGCAGUUCUCAGUGCCUGCCCUGGAGCUGUAGCCAAGCCGACCGGGUAAAGGGAUUAGGAAAGUUUGCUGAGGGAACCUUGCCACGCGGGUCAGUUUUGUAGGGGAGCAUGUGAUGACUGAGCACUUGAGGGCGUCGGCACAGUGCUGCUGAUGAGAGAGGAGGGCUCUGCUCAGCCUGUCUCCAUCUCUGUUGGGCAUACGGAGAUCAUCACAGAGUCUCAGCUAGGCAUCCCUGAGGUUGCGCUUCUGCUCCUCCAAGGCCUUUUCUGCUAUUGCAGAGGUGCGGCCUCACCAAGUGCAGUGCUGAUUGGCUAGUUCCUCUAUUAUGAGCUCACCACCUUAACAUUUUGGUCACAGUUGCAAGAAAAUGGCUAAAACAGACUUCCAGCAUCCUUUGGGUCAACACUAUUCCAGCAGGUCCUAGGCGCUGGUGGGUGGGGUGUUUUGGUUUGUCCUCUCCAUCUUUGUGGUAUAUUUUUAAACAGAAUUUUAUUUUUAAAAAUGAAAGUUUAUAAGAUGAUAUCUUAUUACACUCCUGUGACGCAGCCAUUGCUUCAUUGUAUAGUUCCAGUAAUCUGUAUUUUAUGUAAUAAAAUGGACAGAAUGGCUGCUGUAGAAUGCCGGGUAUCACAAGGAACAGAUGGUUUUAUUCCCCGCCCUGCCCCCCCCCAUGGAAUUUCCCUUUGAUUCCAACUGUGGCUCUUCCCAAUGUGCCUUCACUUUAGUUGUUUGCCUUAAACUCUACAGUCUUCCCCCAGGGAGGUUAAUUUUAAAGCGCAACACUUGGCAUUUUUUAUGUUUAAAAAAAGAAAACAGUAUUUUAUUUAUAAUAAAAUCUGAAUAUUUGUAACCCUUUA